AUGUCACAUAUUAAGUCUAUAUAUAUUUCUCCAGAGUAUGGAACAGAAGGGCUAGUAUCCACAAGGUGUGAUGUUUAUAGCUAUGGGAUAAUGUUGAUGGAAACUUUUACAAGAAAAAGGCCAAGUGACGAAAUGUUUGCUGGAGAUUUCAGCCUCAGGAGAUGGGUGAAGGAUUCAUUACCAGAUGUAUUACAUCGGGUAGUAGACCCUAACAUACUAAAUCUAGAAAAAAAACAUUCGAUUGAAAAGCUACAUUGCAUAGCAUCCAUCAUGGAGUUGGCUUUGAAUUGCUCAGCAGAGUCUAGCUGGGAGAGAUUGAACAUGACAGAUGUCUUAGCUGCUUUGACCAAAAUCAAGCUUCAGGUUCUUACAUCUCGUGAAGUGUCCCGAUAA